AUGUCAACUCCCUCUUAUAUUAAUCUUAUUAAUGCGGCUUUUAAAACCGCAAGGGGAACCCAUGAAUUUGUAACUGAAAAAGAAUUUCGUGAUAGGCAAGAUCGUAGAGAAACAUACGUGUAUAAGCAAGUUGAUUUGGACUCAUUUCAUCAAGUUAAUCUUGUCGGUAGUAAUUCCAAUGCAGCUAUUAAUAGUGGACAAAUUAGCUUAUAUUCACCCAAUCAACUAGCCCGUCAACUCGAAGCUACUCACAUUAAUGAUAUAACAACUCCAUCAUUAGUCCAAGAAAGUUAUGGACAAAUUUAUGUGAAAAUGCACACUGGUAAUACAAUUCAGAUCAAAUGUAAAAAAAGUGAUGCUAUCGGAUAUAUUAAACGGAAAAUUCAGAUGAAGGAAGGUAUUUCGUCCAAGAAUCAGAAAAUAUUUUUUGGUAAUAGACAAUUAAAGAAUUGGAAUACACUUUCUUACUAUAAUAUUUCAUGGAAUGAUACAUUAAAUUUCGAUUUAUGUACUAUUAAUAUAUAUAUCAAAACGCUCACUGGUAAAAAUAUAACAAUUGAAUGUGUAGUAAGUGAUACUAUUGAUAAUAUUAAACAGAAAAUUCAAGAUAAAGAAAAUAUCCAGAAAAAUAAUCAGAAUUUGAUUUUUGGUGGUGUGUUUUUGGAAGAUAACAAAAUACUUUCCGAAUACUGUAUUAGUAAGGAAAGUACUUUACACUUAAUUUUACGUUCACGUAAUAGUGGAGUAAUUAGUUACUUGAGUGUGAGUGAUUUUUUGGAUCCACGAUUUGAUUACGAUUUUACAAAUAUUAAAGACAUUGGAAAGACGUUUAUGCGAGGAUUAAUACAGUAUAAAAGACCAUGUGGAUGGAAGCGUAUUGCUUUAAAGGUUACUGGAAAAUAUGAUAACGGUGAUGAUAAAUGGCUUGGUACUGGUAAAGACGCUUGGCCAGUAUCUUAUCAUGGCACUGCUAAACAUAAUGCAAGAUCAAUUGCUGAGGAUGGUUACGAUUUGAGCAAAGGAAAACGGUUUGCUUAUGGACGUGGCAUUUAUUCAACGCCUGACAUACAUAUAUCUGAACAAUAUGCUCAGCAGUUUGAGUUUGAAGGAAAUACCUAUGUGAUGGUAUUCCAAAAUCGUGUAAAUCCUAAUAGUUUACGAAGAUUUCCUGUUAGUAACGGUGAGUAUUGGGUUUCUGAAAAAGGUGAAGAUAUCAGACCAUAUGGAAUUUGUAUUAAAAAAAAGUAG